AUGGAUACGGACCCAUUUCUUGUCUACGGAGUUCUGCGACUGGAGCGUACAUCUGCCAAGUUGAUUGUGAAGCUUUUCUACCUACCAAAGCCAUGGUAUGGAAAAUACUACGAGGAUGGAUCAGCCAUAGAACAUGUUGUUUUUUGUUUUUGUUGCGAUGUGAUCCGACUGGGGAUCAAAGGUAAGGUCGGCUUUCUACAAGGCUGCUGCCGUCCAUUCGUCGUCUACCUGGCCAGCGAAUUUCGAAACGGCACGCCACCCAUAUUCGAUCGACUUCAGAGUGAUUGGAUGGACGCGAACGAGUUGUGGAGUCGACUUUAA